AUGCUGCUCUCCAAGAUCAACUCGCUGGCCCAUCUGCGGCCGGCGGCGCCCGGCGGGGAGCUGCACGCGGCCAAGCUGCAGCCAGGCAAGGAGAAGGAGCCGCUGGAGAAGCUCUACCAGGUGGGCCCGCUCCUGGGCAGCGGCGGCUUCGGCUCCGUCUACUCGGGCGUCCGCCUCUCCGACAGCGCCCCGGUGGCCAUCAAGCACGUGGCACGCGACCGCAUCUCGGAGUGGGGCGAACUGCCCGGCGGCACCCGCGUGCCCAUGGAGAUCCUGCUGCUCAAGAAGGUGGGCUCGGGCUUCCGCGGCGUCAUCCGCCUCCUCGACUGGUUCGAGCGGCCCGACAGCUUCGUGCUGGUGCUGGAGCGGCCCGAGCGCGGGCAGGACCUCUUCGACUUCAUCACGGAGCGCGGCGCGCUGCCCGAGGAGCUGGCGCGCGGCCUCUUCGCGCAGGUGCUCGAGGCCGUGCGGCACUGCCACAGCUGCGGCGUCCUGCACCGCGACAUCAAGGACGAGAACAUCCUCGUGGACCUGGCCACGGGCGAGCUCAAGCUCAUCGACUUCGGCUCCGGCGCCCUCCUCAAGGACACGGUCUACACGGAUUUUGACGGCACCAGGGUGUAYAGCCCUCCCGAGUGGAUCCGCUACCACCGCUACCACGGGCGCUCGGCGGCCGUGUGGUCCCUGGGCGUGCUGCUCUACGACAUGGUGUGCGGCGACAUCCCCUUCGAGCACGACGAGGAGAUUGUGCGCGGCCAGGUGUUCUUCCGGCACAGGGUCUCUCCAGAGUGCCAGCAUCUCAUCAAGUGGUGUCUGUCCUUGCGACCCUCGGACAGGCCGUCUUUCGAAGACAUUUUAAACCACUCGUGGAUGCAAGGUGUCCACCUAGCACAGCAGACGGCAGAGAUCCACCUGCACAGUCUGCUCCAGGAGUCCAGCAAAUAACUUGGGCUGUAAAAACAAACAAAAAA